GCGGUAGGCGUUUAACCGCCUUUUGCAUAACAUGUGCCGCCUCUGGCUGUCACGUUCCUCAAACGCUGCGCCAGCAUUUAUGGCAAGGAAGGUAAAGAGAUACGGAAGAGCAAGCGUAUCUCCUCAGAGAUCUGGUCAAAGACGGUUGAUUCAAAAAUCUCCCAAGAUUCAGAUCGGCCAAGACUCAGGUCGGGCAAACGUAUCUCCUCAGAGAUCUGGUCAGAUCGUGACACGUUUUAUUUGGUCGCUACAUGAAGGCCAGCUCGUCCAAGGUCACAAAUUGGCACUGCCUAUUCAGCCAUCUCAAAUCGUUCUGCAGGUUGAUCUGUUUCUUUUCACAAUCCAUCCCAGCCCGUCACGGUAUCCAAAUUUAUUAGCUCGAUUACAUGCGUGGCAGCUCAUGAAAGAUCUUAGACGUAAUCAAGUCUCAGAUCGUUCUGGGGGAGAGGCCGCUCCUUCUCAGCUCGUCAUUAUGACUGACCGACAACAUCAUCCAGUCGCUUCAGUAUCUUUGGUAGUAGUCAUGGAUCAGGCCCGCACUAAUAUGGUUAUAGAUGCUUUCAGCUCGCCUGCACACUCUCAGCCUCGCGAGCUCGCCCCUUUUCGUACAACCCUUAACUCGGCCGUCAUCCAGGUCGGCCACAAGUUGUUAAAGCUCUGCCAUUGUCACUACUUAGGGCGCGAGCCCACAGACACCCCUAGCCCAGUUCGUCAACCGAACGCCGGAGGGGGACUGCCCAAACAAUAUCCAAUUAAUCGGAUAAUUAAUGACGGCAAACAAACUGCUCUCCAUAUUGCAGUUUUAGCUGGUGCUGUAGAGAUUGCUGAGGAAUUGAUCAAGAGAAUGUCAGAAACAGACUUGGAAAUACAAGAUAGGGAUGGUUGCCCGGCUCUUUACUUUGCUGCUCGUAGUGGGAAGAAGAUAGCAGAAUGCUUGGUUGAAAAGAACCCGACAUUACCAACUAUUCCCAAUAAGGAAGGAUAUAUCCCCGUUGUAUGGGCAUGUGCUUGUGGAGAUAAGAAUGUGACCGAGUAUCUGUAUUCUAAGACCCCUAAAGAAUCCCUAAGCCCAGAUGUUGGCAAAAAUGGGCCUCGUCUCCUCAAUUAUACCAUAAGUGGCAAAAUGUUUGAUAUCUCAUUGGAUUUACUUCGGGACUAUCCAAGCUUGGCCGUCACCAAAGACAGCAGCCACAGUACUCCGAUUCUGACAUUGUCUGAUGAACCAUCUGCAUUCUUUAGUGGAAGUGGUCUUGGAUUUUGGCAACGUUUAAUUUAUCAUCGUCUAAAGAUAAACAAACACAGUUUCUCUAAUGAUGUUCGACUUCCUGUUACUCACCAAGAUCAGAAUGAAAAGAAAAACAUCAAAAUGCAGGCGUUUUUUGGACUUCAUGCAUUGGACUUAAUGCUUCUAAAGUUCUCUGGAAUCAAGCAAAUUUAUGAUUUGAAGUUGAUCCAUACACGGAUGCUAGCCCCUGACUUUCAAUUAGCUCGCAUUUCUGGAGCAGCCCUACAAAUGCAAAGAGAACUACAGUGGUUCAAGGAGGUUCAAAGUAUUGUUCCAGAGUCAUGUAAAAAAGCUAGAAAUAAAGAUGGUGAAACUCCUAGUGAUGUAUUUACUAAGAGCCACAAGGAAUUGGCAAAACAAGGGGAGAAAUGGAUGAAAGCCACAGCGAGUUCUUCUAGUGUUGUUGGCUCUCUCAUAAUUACCAUCAUGUUUGCUGCAAUUUUAACUGUUCCUGGUGGUAACAAUCAGGAAACUGGCGUUCCCAUUUUCUUGCGUAAAAAAUCAUUCAUGGUAUUCUUGAUAUCAGAUGCAAUUUCCCUCUUCACUGCAUCCAUCUCAGUGUUGAUGUUUCUGGGAAUCCUCACAUCACGUUAUGCCGAGGAAGACUUUUACAAGUCCUUACCUCAGAAGUUGAUUUUGGGCCUUUCAACACUCUUCAUCUCUAUAGCAACAAUGAUGGUAACAUUUUCUUCUGCUCUUAUAAUUAUGGUACAAGGCCGUCGGUCAGUAAUUCUUCCAAUAAUUCUGCUAGCUGCUCUUCCUGUCACUCUUUUUAUGUGGCUGCAAUUUCCGCUCCUUGUUGAAAUUUUUAUUUCAACCUAUAGACCAGGAAUCCUUGUUAAGACAAAGAAGCAGUGGCAUUAGCACAGUAAAUGUGUCCAAUUUGCUCAUCAUGGUAGUGAUGCCCUUCCCUCUUUAGACGAGGUUGAUCAGACGAAAAAGAAUGCUGCAGCUCUACAUGCAAUUCACAUUACAUGUUCACCAUGUGUUUUUGCUUUUAUAAAGGAUAUCAGUUCUG